UUCAGAGUCACUCACACUUCACUGACUCUGCUCUGCACACACGGGUGGACUCACACUCACAACACACCUAGAAACACACACAGAAGCUCAUUUAGUUAAACCUGUAAAGAUGCUGUGUGUCACCUCUCAUGUUGACCAGAUGGUGAAGAAGCCUUAUAGCUACAGAUCUGUGUUUGAUAAAAUCUUAAUGGUCAAUCAGAUUCUGUCAGAGUUCCAACUGAAGAAGGAAGAGCUCAAAGAAAUCAUGAAGCGGAUGCAGCAGGAAAUUGAAAGAGGACUGCGUGUAGAGACACAUGAGGAGGCCAGUGUCAAAAUGCUUCCAACUUAUGUGUGCUCGACCCCCGAGGGCUCAGAGGUUGGUGAUUUCCUGGCUCUGGACCUGGGAGGAACAAACAUCCGUGUCAUGUUGGUCAUUGUGGGUGAGGAUGAGGAGAGCAAAUGGAGGGUGGAGACCAAGAACCAGAUGUACUCCAUUCCUGAAGAUGCCAUGACGGGGACCGCUGAAAUGCUGUUUGACUACGUUGCAGAAUGUAUGUCAGACUUCUUGGACAAGCACCACAUCAAGCACAAGAAGCUUCCUCUGGGUUUCACCUUCUCCUUUCCAGUACGACAUGAGGACAUUGACAAGGGAAUUCUCAUCAACUGGACCAAAGGGUUCAAAGCCUCUGGGGCAGAAGGGAACAACAUUGUGGGUUUACUCAGAGAUGCAAUCAAGAGACGUGGAGACUUUGAGAUGGAUGUAGUUGCCAUGGUGAAUGACACAGUAGCCACCAUGAUCUCCUGCUAUUAUGAAGAUCGCAGCUGUGAAGUUGGAAUGAUUGUUGGGACUGGCUGUAACGCCUGCUUCAUGGAGGAGAUGAGGACUGUCGAGUUGGUAGAAGGGGAGGAGGGGCACAUGUGUGUGAACACAGAGUGGGGAGCUUUCGGGGACAACGGGGAGCUGGAGGACUUCAGGCUGGAGUAUGACAGGGUGGUGGACGAGACCUCGAUUAACCCUGGACACCAGCUGUACGAGAAGCUGAUCAGUGGGAAGUACAUGGGGGAGCUGGUCAGACUUGUUCUGCUGAAGCUGGUGAACGAAGACCUGCUGUUUAAUGGUGAAGCAUCAGAGCUGCUGAAGACGCGUGGCAGCUUUGAGACACGUUACGUCUCACAGGUGGAGAGUGACACUGGUGACAGAAAGCAGAUCUACAACAUCCUGUCCUCACUGGGUGUUUUGCCAUCAGAGAUGGACUGUGAUAUUGUGCGUCUGGUCUGUGAGAGUGUUUCCACACGCGCCGCUCACAUGUGCGGUGCAGGGCUCGCUGGUGUGAUCAAUAGAAUGCGGGCGCGGCGCAGUCUGGAAGCCCUGAAGAUCACGGUGGGGGUAGAUGGAUCUGUCUACAAGCUGCACCCCUGUUUCAGUGACAGGUUCCACAAAAUCGUCUGGGACCUCACGCCUCACUGUGAGAUCACCUUCAUCCAGUCAGAGGAAGGGAGCGGACGGGGGGCAGCCCUUAUCUCAGCAGUGGCCUGUAAGAUGGCUUCAUGCAUGAAGUGAGCAGUGAACUGAGCUACUUCCCUGCAGGACAGUGGUGAGGUAGACCCGAACCCUGAUCUGGCAUCACUGGUGACAUGUCAUCCACAGACAUGACGCUCUGGCCUCUUUCAGGCUCAGAGAGAUGUGCUGGAUACUCAUGGUUGGAGGAUGAAUUGACAAGAAAGCAGUCAACUGUUUGUAUCAUAGACCACUGUAUAGUACUGGACCAACUGAUGGCAAUGUCUGUGUUAUUGAACGUUAAGAACUUGUUUACUGUUGGACCCAAAACUUUUGCUGGCUUCUUGUGUGUGUGUGUGUGUGUGUGUCACUGUCUCUUGAUAGUAUUUGAGUUUGGACUGGUCCAGCUCAUAAAUAGCAAAUGUAAUAUUGAUAAUAGUGUAUUAUAGUACCAGUGAGGACUGGUUGAUACAUUUCAUUUUUGUAAAUGCUCUUGUAAACUAUAUGGAUAGUAUCUAAUAUAUUCAUUGCUCUAUUGUGUAGUAAGUUCUGCUUGUGAAGGAUGACAUAUUACUUUUGGUAUUAUACAUUUUAAUAUUAUGUGUGUGUGUGUGUGUUAGCUUGUUGGUUUUUUUUCAUGAUGUCCAUGAUAAAAUAUAUGAUGAAUACUAUAAACUAACUGUAAAAAAAAAAAAGUAUCUAAAUAACUGAACUUCAAUGUUAUUGUUUUUAUGUUUUUUCCAAAUAUAAUAAAGUUAAAAUGGAUUAGCAAA